AUGGUUUGGCAGCAGUUGCGGAUCAUGCUGUCGCUCGCGACAGCCUCGAAGAAAUGGCAUCCUCGAGACAUCCGCGACUCACGAGGCGACGGCUGGAACGACCGCACCCCGCUCAGCCGCGACUUCACGCAGCGACUGCUCCGCCCCGCCGCCGGGGACCGCCCCACGGCCGCGAAGGCUCUGCAUCACCCGUGGCUGAAAGGGCUCACGCCGCUGUGCGGCGUCAACUUCCGCGCCGACAACGAGGCGCCCCAGGGUGGGCGGGGGGGCGAGGACGCCGUCGCCGGACGAGCGCCCGAGCAGCUGGGCCCAGUCACGUCUUACGUCCGAUGA